GAACAUGCAGGACAUAACAGUAAGUGUUGUUGUGACUGUGAUGAGAGGAGUGCAAAGGAUUCGAAGGUGAAUAUAAAGGUUAAAUUAACCUCAGGGAUGUUUUUAAGGGACUUUCAGGACAGAUGAGACCAUCCAUCCUCUUGACAGCUGACCAGCCAGUCUGGCCACCAAAUAAAUUAAUAGACGGAUUGGUCACAUGUGGGCAGGCCUCCUGGUGCCUUCACCCCCAUGGGCAAUAUCCCAGGAAGGCUGUUAAGGGAAGAUGGUGAAGAUGGGAAACUGCAUCCAUGUUAUGAUGCCCACGUUUACAAACAAGCCCUCCCCACAUGACAACCGCGUACACGGAGAUGAAGUGGAAAACAGCAGGUUUGACGAUACUUCACCUUUCUCAUUCCUCAGACUCCAACCCACUUUGAUUCUGAAAGAUUUGACUGUUGUUUCCGGUCAGUCAGCUUGCCGAAGCAGUCAGAUUUCCGUCAUACUACUCAGAAUAAAAAUGGCAUCAGGAGAUGAGCUUCCAUCCCAUCUCGCUGUCGAUACCUCCAACGUUCAAAUUCUUCACUCUGAGACCUCAAAAAGACUUGUCGAAAAUUUUGUAAUCGCUCUCAUGAACAAGGAGCGUUUCUACAUCCGCACAUUCUUUUCGACAUACAAAGCAUAUACCACUGCUGAAAGUGUGUUGUACAUCCUCCUGGACAAAUAUGGAAGCUUUGGCACCUCAGAGGCAGAAGAGAUUCCAGUUAUCGAUUCAGUGAGCACAAACAGCGGAAACAGUGAUAACAUUCCGAGCUGUGAGGAGCUUGCAAAUCCAGUGCCUGCAGAGACAGUUACAGAGAUCAGAAAGUCCAAAACCUUUGACAGCCCAAACUCUGAGAAAGAUGAAGAACCAAGUUCACCAAAAGCGACUGCAGAAAUCUCAAAUUUUGGAAAUGUUGACAGUGCAAAUGGUGAGGAAAAUGGAAGUUGUGGUUCUUCAGGAUCCAGCGAAAUAAUUGCUAAGUCCAAAACCUUUGACAGCCCAAACUCUGAUAAAGUUGAAGAACCAAGUUCACCGAAAGCGACUGCAGAAAUUUCAAAUUCUGGAAAUGUUGACAGUGCAAAUGGUGAGGAAAAUGGAAGUUGUGGUUCUUCAGGAUCCAGCGAAAUAAUUGCUAAAAAAGAGGAAGGAACAAUCCAGAAUAAUUUUGAUUUGGAGGAGGUCCAACUUCAAAAGGAGCAAGAAGGCGUUUGCAGCAACUGUGAAAGCAUUGAGUCUGAACACUGUCCGAAUUCUGAUGAAAUUCAGAAUUUAAGUUCACCAGAAAAGGGAGCGACAGUCAAGAAAAGCAUAGACUUCAACAGAUCAAGCUUUCUAGAAGAAUAUAAUUUCAGUCCUGCAGAAAAGGAAACACUAAUGAAAAUUGCUAUACCUGAAAUUCUUGAAAUCUGGCUGGAGGAGUCUGCCGAAGACUUUCGUCAAGUUCCAACUUACUCUUGUCUCCGGAAGGUACUUUGCUACUUGAACCAGACAGUGCCGGGGUCAGAUGCUGAACAUCGGGCCCAGAAACUCCUGAGUCGGUUUUUGGUGGAGGAAACAGCGGAGAAAGAGAUGUUCAAAGGCUACCGUAGAAGAGUUAGAUUCUAUAUUGGAGAAGAACACGACCAAACCAUCGAACAAGUUGACGAAAAGCUCCUGUCCUACCCAUCACGCUUCAUUGCAGAGCAGCUGACUUUUAUGGAUGCUGAUCUUUUUCGGAAACUUGUGCCCAGCCAAUGUUUAGGGUCCAUCUGGUCUCAACGAGGGAAGGAAGAAAAACAGCAUCUGGUAUCAACCGUCCAGGCCACCAUUACACAGUUCAAUAAUGUUACAAAAUGUGUCACCAGCACCAUAUUAAGACCUCAACAGCUGAAACCACGGCAGAGGGCUAAAAUCAUUGAGAAAUGGAUUGAUGUUGCCCAGGAAUGUAGGACUUUGCAGAAUUUCUCGUCAGUGCAUGCAAUUACCACUGCAUUGCAAUCGAAUAGUGUGUUCAAUUUGAAGAAGACUUGGGCAGCCGUGUCAAAGAGCAGUAAGAUAACAUUUGAAGACCUUUCAAACAAUGAAGAAGAUAACUUUAUGGCAAGUAGAGAGCUGCUAAUGGAGGAUAUUGUUCAGGGAAUUGUGCCGUACCUGGGAACUUUCUUAACAGAAUUUUCAGCGCUGGAUUCGGCUUUCCCGAAUUACCAUUCAAAUGGCUUGAUCAACUUUGACAAGAGACAAAAAGAAUAUGAAAUAAUUUUGGGUAUCAAAUCCCUGCAGUUUGCUUGCUCAUCUUACACCCUUCGUCCAAACGAGAAUUUUCUAGACUUGUUCUUUCUGCAACAAUACUUAAGUGAGGAUAGCGAGUACGUAACUGGUAUUGUAGGAGUGUGCAGCUCCUCUGAACUCGAGAAACCGCCAAAGCCCAAAAAGAGUGUGUUUAAACGCCUCAGCUGCCUGUUUUCAAAGAGAGGUGUUAAAAUACACAACACUCAAACUAAAAGCUCUGAGCAGCGAGCAUCCCUUCAGAAUGAGGAUUCAGACAACAGCAUUACCGCAGCCAACAUUUUAUCCGAUUCCAGCCACUUGGAAAUGGAAGAGCCGAGCACUUCGCAAAAAGCGCUGGAAAAGUCAUUAAGAUCCGUGGAUACUGCCUCCUCUGGAGGUUUAUCCAACAGUGGUGCAUCAGCAAAACCAAAUUAUGACACAGCCAAGUCUGGUAGGCGUGCAGGUUUGGGCAGCUGCUGGUGUGCAACACGUCGGAGGGACAACCGCCAGAAUGAGAAAAGCUGCCUCAUCCGAGUCAGAUUAGAGGAGGACAGAGCACAAGAAUUCAAAACUAUUUUGGUGACUAAUCAAGAUCGUGUAUCUGAAGUUCUCAACAAAGCCAUCACCGCGCUCAAAUUUGAACCCGAGCGUCCUCAGCAAUUUGCUCUAGCACAGAUCAUUGAAUCAAAUAAAGUGCUCAUACUUCCGGCCGAUGCCAUCCUGUAUUACGCAAUGAACAAGAAAGUGAAUCACGACUUCAUCCUGAGAUUCACUGAAAGAAGAUCUUCAUGUCUAUGCAAGUUUUAGCUGCAAUGCUCGAGCCUCCUUCCCAAUGUGAAUCAAUGAGCUCUGGUGAGGAAGGGCGUUAGAGAGCUCACCGCCCUGAUUUUUGAGAGGUCGUAUGUAUUUUAUUUCCUUCUCCUCCUGUAAAUCGCUUGGUGCUCGACAUAGGAUUCACUAAUUAGACAUUUACACAUAACCACUUUAAAAUUAAAAUGGUUCAACAUCGAGGCUAUGCCAACAAUACCAGCCACAGAUGGAAGAGAAAAUCAUCUGAGUUCUUUGUCUAAGUUUGUUUCUAA